AUGGUCAACGCCUUUUUGUCGGAUAUUCAGUGCCUAUUUACGGACGCCUCUUCCGCAAACAACAUGUUUAAUCGACCUACUAUGAAUGCCAAUACCUCCAUCUCGCAAGUUACGGGCGAGAUUGGCGCUCCACGGGAGUUUUCUGGUUUCCCUGUUUCAAAUAUCUUUGGGACUCCUGAAACCUACGAGCUUCAAUCAGAGGUUUUUGGAGCAUACAAGGAAAGCAUCGAAACCAAAGUGCCUGAUAACCAUACACUUAUCAUUCUCAGUCGAGUACAGGAGAUAACGAUUCAGCCAAGAGUGUAA